GGAAAUUGCUUUUACUUGGGAAACAGAGAUGGCCAGGCAGCGCGCUGGGACCAAAAGAUAAAAAGAAAUCCCUACUCUCACAGCCAGUCCAAUGAGGAAAAAAGGGGAGGGGGGGUCCAGGAGGAGAUGUGCAUGACACCCUCUCCCCGGACCCACAGAGGUCCAGGUUUGCAGACGUCACUGGUCGAGGAUCUUUGUUUUCUCUCCACCUCUCGGUGGAGGACUACGAGUUUAUCAUCCAGUCAGGGACGGGACGGUCUCCUCUGCCGCUCCUCUCCUCCAUCUAUCGGCUUGCACUGGGCUAUUUCUCCUGUAUGGUGGAUAUCCUGCUCAAUGCUUCUUUCUUGGAUGAUAUGGGGGAUCAUUCAAAAAAGAAGUUGGGAAUCGCAAUGUGUGUGGGCUGUGGAAGUCAGAUACACGACCAGUACAUCCUGAGAGUGUCCCCGGACCUGGAGUGGCAUGCAGCCUGCCUCAAGUGUGCAGAGUGCAGCCAGUACCUGGACGAGACCUGCACUUGCUUCGUCCGAGACGGAAAGACUUACUGUAAAAGAGAUUAUGCAAGGUUAUUUGGCAUCAAAUGUGCAAAGUGUAACAUGGGCUUCUGCAGCAGCGACCUGGUGAUGAGAGCUCGGGACAACGUGUAUCACAUGGAGUGUUUUCGGUGCUCGGUUUGCAGCCGACACCUCUUGCCGGGGGACGAGUUCUCUCUGCGGGACGACGAGCUUCUGUGUCGGGCGGAUCACGGCUUGCUGGUGGAGCGGGCCUCUGCCGGGAGCCCGCUCAGCCCGGGGAACAUUCAUACCAGACCGCUGCACAUCUCAGACACGGUUUCGGUCCGGCAUCCUUCUCAUCACCGGAACCACGUCCACAAGCAGUCCGAGAAGACCACCCGGGUCCGUACGGUGCUGAACGAGAAGCAGCUCCACACCCUGCGGACCUGCUACAACGCGAACCCGCGACCGGAUGCUCUGAUGAAGGAGCAGCUGGUGGAGAUGACCGGCCUGAGCCCCAGGGUGAUCCGCGUCUGGUUUCAGAACAAGCGCUGCAAAGACAAGAAGAAGUCCAUCCUGAUGAAGCAGAUACAACAACAACACAACGACAAAACCAAUCUGCAGGGCCUGACAGGCACACCUCUGGUGGCAGGCAGUCCUAUCCGGCACGACAACACCGUGCAAGGGAAUACUGUGGAGGUGCAAACCUACCAGCCACCGUGGAAAACCCUCAGCGACUUCGCCCUGCAGAGCGACCUGGACCAGCCCGCCUUCCAACAACUGGUGUCUUUCUCCGAAUCGGGCUCUCUGGGCAACUCCUCGGGCAGUGAUGUGACCUCUCUGUCGUCGCAGUUACCGGACACACCGAACAGUAUGGUGCCGAGUCCCGUGGACACGUGAAGAUGCCUCGAGGUCAGCUGGAGCCCCCGAGCGCGCACCCGUGUCCUCUGCAGGGACGCGCAGAGACCUCAGUGACAUUAAAUCAAGAAAAACGAACAAAGAACCAGGAUUAUGCUCGAGGAUACAUUAAGGUGCUGACUGGAGGGUUGGAGGUCUGACUAUUCCCUUUACAUUUAGGCAUUUUAGCUCACUGUCUUGCUCACGGACACCUCGGCAGGAGUCAGGGCACACCGCUGUUGAUGGACGCCUUCUACCACGAUGCCAAUGCCUGAACUGGCCAUAACGCAGUGAAUAUGUUAUGGGAUUCAAACACGUGAGCCUGUAUUGAACGUCUGAACAUUAAUGCUUACAGUAUGUUUAUCAGGAACUCAGAAUGAUAUAUUACAAACUGUAUAGACGUGCAUGAUUUGUAAGUUUCAAUAUCAACUCUUGUAAAUGAAUGAAACAGGUGAGAUGUGCAUUGUUCACGUUUUCUCCAGAAAAUAAGUUAUUAUUAUUUAUUAUGAGGACAGACAUAGCCGACCUUAUCAAUAAAACCAUAGUUCUAACUGAUUAUUGCAUGCAAAAUCCAUUUGUUCGUUCCGUAAACCUUCAGACGAUUUUUAACUACGGUCGGCAAAAUAAAUCACCUUUAAGGUCAACGGAA